AGCGACUUUAUUUUGGACCUUUAUUUUCUUCGUCUUAUUAAUCCUUUGUCUUGAGAUUCGCUUUUCUGCUUCGAACUUCUUUUUAUCAUCUUCUCCUUGUCUGUUUGAUUUGGAAAACUUUCUGCAACUACAAAAGUAGAUUCCUAGAAAAGAAGAGAUCUUCUAUUAAAGAAUGGUAGAAACGGGUCACCAUCAUCAACAUCCACCGGUGCCGGCUGCAGCCGGUCCUCCGCCGGUUCCAUCUAUGGCGAUUUCAAGAGGACCCACUUGGACUCCAGCGGAGCAACUCCACCAUCUUCAGUACUGCAUCCACUCUAACCCUUCUUGGCAUGAGACGGUUGUACUUGCUUUCCAGCAUUACAUCGUGAUGCUUGGGACUACGGUUUUGAUUGCCAACACACUUGUGCUCCCAAUGGGUGGAGAUGCAGAAGAUAAAGCGCGGGUUAUACAGACAAUAUUGUUUAUGUCGGGGAUAAACACGCUACUACAAACCCUUAUAGGAACAAGGCUUCCCACAGUUAUGGGAGUUUCAUUCGCGUAUGUUCUCCCUGUAUUGUCUAUCAUCAGGGAUUACAACGAUGGUCAGUUCCCAUCCGAGAAGCAGAGGUUCCGGCAUACAAUGAGAACAGUACAAGGAUCCCUAAUCAUUUCUUCAUUCGUCAGCAUCAUAAUUGGAUACGGUCAAGCAUGGGGGAACUUGAUCAGAAUCUUUAGUCCCAUUAUUGUUGUGCCGGUGGUUACUCUUACGAGUCUUGGACUUUUCGUUAGAGGGUUCCCAUUGCUUGCAAACUGUGUGGAAAUUGGUCUACCAAUGCUGAUUCUCCUGAUCGUCUCCCAACAAUAUCUUAGACUUCUUCUCCCAAGGAUUCAAAUGAUACUUGAAAGAUAUGCUCUACUUGUUUGCUUGGCGCUCAUCUGGGCUUUUGCUGCUAUCCUUACGGUUUCUGGCGCUUAUAACAACGUCUCCGUUGCAACAAAACUAAGUUGCCGCACAGAUCGCUCUUUUCUUAUGUCCUCUGCUCCUUGGAUUAGCAUCCCAUACCCUUUCCAGUGGGGGACUCCGAUUUUCAGAGCGAGUCAUGUUUUCGGAAUGUUCGGUGCUUCGAUUGUUGCAUCUGCAGAGUCAACUGGAGUAUUUUUAGCCGCAUCUAGACUAGCUGGAGCAACAGCACCUCCUGCACAUGUCGUCUCUCGCAGUGUCGGGCUGCAGGGUGUUGGUGUGCUCCUUGAAGGAAUAUUUGGUUCCAUUAGUGGCAAUACUGCGUCAGUCGAAAAUGUCGGUCUCCUUGGACUCACACGAAUAGGGAGUAGAAGAGUGGUGCAGAUCUCAACAGGUUUCAUGAUAUUUUUCGCCAUAUUUGGAAAAUUUGGUGCCUUCUUCGCGUCUAUACCACUUCCGAUCUUUGCCGGUGUAUACUGUAUACUACUUGGAAUUGUUGCGGCUGUGGGUAUAUCGUUUAUACAGUUUACCGACACCAAUUCAAUGAGAAACAUGUACGUUAUUGGUGUCUCUCUCUUCUUAAGUCUUUCCAUCGCUCAGUACUUCAUUUCCAACACUACAAGGGGAGGAUAUGGACCGGUUAGAACAGCUGGUGGAUGGUUCAACGAUAUACUUAACACGAUCUUUGCUUCGGCUCCGUUUGUUGCGAUCAUUGUGGCGACAGUACUAGAUAACACGUUGGAAGCAAGGCAUGCCAUCAAUGAAAGAGGAAUCCCGUGGUGGAAGCCGUUUCAACACAGGAACGGAGAUAGCAGGAACGAAGAGUUUUACAGUUUUCCCCUCAGAGUUGGCGAGUACAUACCAACACGCUUCCUCUGAAGACUGCUCUCUGAAGGUUUCUUUUGUUUAUGGAAAUGUAAGAGUUGUGCAGGUCAUGUAGUUGUAAUUGGGGGCUGGGCAGGAAACAUUGUGAGUUGAAAACUUCCACUUGUUUUACCACUACUUUACCUUUUAACAUUUUGUUUUUGGCAUCAAAAGGUUGAUUUAUUACCUUCCAGUUUAAAGUGCAAAAUAGAUUUUAC